AUGAGCUAAUUCAUCGAUUAUAUUUCUUUAAUGGCCGCCGUCGCACUCUGCCAUGCUAAUCCACUCCAGACCUCAAACGACAAUGGCAAGUAUACGGUUUCAAACUCCAACGACGGCAAAUAUCAAUCCCACGAUGAUGGACGGUAUCAUCCGAGUUCAAAUAACGAAGGACGCAGUGGUUCACAGGAUGCUUUAGGUCGAUACAAUGAAGUAAUACAGCCGUACCGUCACGUACAUGACAAUCGUGAGCUCGGACAAUAUCAUCACAUUCCAUACCCCUAUGAUGGUGGCUAUGGACCAUAUGCGGGCAGCAAUCUGCCCUAUGUUCAUGAUGACAGGCCCUACAACCACGAUCUGUACACAUCCACUACCACCAAGAAGCCAACCACAACCACCAAACGUACCACCACAACGACGACGACAACCACGACCACGCCAAGAACCGUUCUCUUCAACUACGAUGACGAGGGCCGCCAUAAGAUUCUGCAUCAGGAGGAGAUCCGCAAGAAGGACAAAUACGAUCAUGCCUUCCUCACCGAGAACGGCAUCUAUGGUGAGGAACAGGCGAAGCUGCACCAUGAAGGCGGCACCCAUGCCAAGGGCGUGUAUGAGUACACUGGUGAUGAUGGCAAGCUCUAUCGCGUGAAUUACAAGAGCAACCACGAUGGCUUUAUGCCUGAGGGUGAACACAUUCCCACACCACCACCAAUUCCGGAGGCCAUUGCCCGUGCCCUCAAAUACGUCGAGGAACAGCACAAGGCGAAUGGCGACAAGCCGUUGUACGAUCAUCGUGGCUUCCGCAUCAAUCACAAGACGAAGGAGAUUAAGGCACAAAUCAAGUCGAUGCACUUGGAGCGCAUGCCCAAGGCACUUGGAGAUCAACUACGCAUGUUGGAGCAUGAGGUGGAACUAGCCGAGGAGGAGGAAGAGCGUGAGGAGCGAGAGCAGCGCCAGAGGCUUCAAAACCAGCGUGAGGCCGCCAAAUUGAGGAAGACCCAUCCCACCCAAAAGCCACGAACCACACGCACGCCUUCGGAAUACUACACAACUGAAUUGGUCACGGACCAGGCGAUUCUCAACUGA